ACUUCCGGCGGGAGGCGGAAGCGGAGCUGGAGGGCCGGGCUGGCUCGUGAGGCUGAUAGAUCAGUGGCCGCCCAGGCGCUGCGCUAGACCCGGGAGGCGAGGCAGGACUCUGCCUCCUUUGCCGCCUCCCGGAGCUCCCGCGACGCCGACCUCCGUGCCAGGAUGGCUCGCGGUGACAGGCGGCGCCGCGGAGCGCCGGCAGAUGGAGUGCGGACGGCUGAGGGGGCGGCUCGGGGCGGCCCCGCGCGACGGGACAACCGGGUCGGCAUAGCUCGUAGCACGGUCAGGGGAGCAGUUCUGGCCAUUGUGGCCCUGAUUCUGGCCCUGAGCCUGUCGGGAAGCUGGCUCCUGGCGUGGUACCGUGCGCGGCGGGCGGUCACACUGCACUCUGCGCCCCCGGCGCUGCCUCCAGACUCUUCCAGCCCCACCGUGGCCCCGGACUUCUUCUGGGGCACCUACCGCCCUCACGUCUACUUCGGCAUGAAGACUCGAAGCCCGCAGCCCCUGCUCACCGGACUGAUGUGGGCGCAACAAGGCGCCACCCCAGGGACCCCUAAGCUCAGGCACACGUGUGAGCAGGGGGACGGCGUGGGUCCCUAUGGCUGGGAGUUCCACGACGGUCUCUCCUUCGGGCGGCAACACAUCCAGGAUGGGGCCUUAAGGCUCACCACUGAAUUCGUCAAGAGACCUGGGGGUCAGCACGGAGGGGACUGGAGCUGGAGAGUGACUGUAGAGCCUCAGGCCUCAGGUACCUCUGCCCUCCCUUUGGUGUCCCUGUUCUUCUAUGUGGUGACAGAUGGCAAGGAAGUCCUAGUGCCAGAGGUUGAGGCUAAGGGGCAGUUGAAGUUCAUCAGUGGGCACACCAGUGAACUUGGUGACUUCCGUUUUACACUUCUGCCACCAACCAGUCCAGGGGAUACUGUCCCCAAGUAUGGCAGCUACAAUGUCUUCUGGUCCUCCAACCCGGGACUUCCCUUGCUGACAGAGAUGGUGAAGAGUCGCCUAAACAGAUGGUUUCAGCAUCGGUCGCCAGGGGCCUCCCCUGAACGCUACCUUGGCUUGCCAGGUUCUCUGAAGUGGGAGGACAGAGGCCCAAGCGGGCAAGGACAGGAACAAGGGCAAUUCUUGAUACAACAGGUGACACUGAAAGCCCCCUUUUCCAUAGAGCUGGUGUUUGAAUCAGGCAGUGCCCGGGCAGGAAGAAACCAAGCUCUGGGGCAGCUGGCAGGCAGCCUGCUGAGCCAGGCCCUGGAGACCCAUAUUGAAGCCUUUAGAGAGCGCUUUGAGAAGACCUUCCGGCUGCAGGAGAAGGGCCUGAGCCCUGGGGAGCAGGCUUUGGGUUGGGCUGCCCUCAGCGGCCUCCUUGGGGGGAUUGGCUACUUCUAUGGACAGGGUCUGGUGUUGCCAGACAUGAAGGUUGAGGGGUCUGAACAGAAGGUGGCCCCCGCCCUUUUUCCCCCUGUCCCUCUUUUCACAGCGGUGCCUUCCCGGUCAUUCUUCCCACGAGGCUUCCUUUGGGAUGAAGGCUUUCACCAGCUGGUGGUCCAGCGGUGGGAUCCCCGCCUCACCCAAGAGGCCCUAGGCCAUUGGCUGGGACUGCUUAAUGCUGAUGGCUGGAUUGGGCGGGAGCAGGUGCUCGGGGAUGAGGCUCGAGCCCGGGUACCCCCAGAAUUUCUGGUGCAACGAGCAGCCCAUGCCAACCCCCCAACCCUACUUUUGCCUGUAGCCCACAUGCUAGAAGGUGGUGACCCUGCGGACUUAGCCUUCCUCCGCAGGGCCUUUCCCCGUCUGUACGCCUGGUUCUCCUGGCUCCAUCAGAGCCAGGCAGGGCCAGUGCCACUAUCUUACCGCUGGCGGGGCCGGGACCCAACCUUGCCAACGCUGUUGAACCCCAAGACGCUGCCUUCGGGACUAGAUGACUAUCCCCGAGCUUCGCACCCUUCAGCCACUGAGCGGCACCUGGACCUGCGGUGCUGGGUAGCACUGGGUGCCCGUGUGCUGAUGCGGCUAGCAGAGCAGCUGGGAGAGGCUGAGGCAGCUGCAGAGCUGGGCGCGCUGGCUGCCUCAUUGGGAGAAGAGAAGAUCCUGGAUGAGCUGCACUGGGCCCCAGAGCUAGGAGUCUUUGCAGACUUUGGGAACCACACAAAAGCUGUGCAGCUAAAGCCUUGGCCCCCUCAGGGGCUGGUGAGGGUGGUGGGCCGGCCCCACCCUAGCUUACAGUACGUGGAUGCCUUGGGCUAUGUCAGUAUUUUUCCCUUGUUGCUGCGGCUGCUGGACCCCCACUCAUCCCGCCUUGGGCCCCUCCUGGAUGUUCUAGCUGACAGUCGCCAUCUCUGGAGCCCCUUUGGUUUGCGCUCCCUUGCAGCCUCCAGCUCCUUUUAUGGCCAGCGCAAUUCAGAGCACGAUCCUCCCUAUUGGCGGGGUGCUGUGUGGCUCAAUGUCAACUACCUGGCCCUGGGGGCUCUCCACCACUAUGGGCAUCUGGAGGGUCCCCACCAGGCCCGGGCUGCCAAGCUCCACAGUGAGCUACGUGCCAAUGUGGUGGGCAAUGUGUGGCAGCAGUACCAGGCCACAGGUUUCCUGUGGGAGCAAUACAGUGACCAGGAUGGGAGGGGCAUGGGCUGCCGUCCUUUCCAAGGUUGGACCAGCCUUGUCCUACUGGCCAUGGCUGAAGACUACUAGAAGGGGAGUGUGGGAAGAGAGCCAGGCCCCUUGUGCCACUCUGGACUAGAAAGAUAAGGUCUCUAGCUUCUGCCCCCAGCCCUCAAAUACCAGUGCUUCAAACCCAGCUCAUCUCAGGUGUCUCCUUACUGUCAUACCACACAGCCCUGGGGUGAAUGUGAAUUCAGAGUCUUAUUUUUCUAAAUAAAUUGGAAAA